CUCCAUUCACAAACCAUCAAAGUGACGAUAGAGGAGACAUUGCUGUCCAGGAUCAUACAGAAACCAAAACUGUUCUAGAGAAUCGCACAUCGAAAUAAGACUGAUCAUUUCUGCACCGGGGAGUUACUAUUCUUCACUUUGAGUUGUUGGACAUGCCACCUCAAAUGGAUUAUUAUUGUGAAGAAUCCCGCGUCCCGUCUUCAUGCGGACUGAUGAGCCAAGAGUCCGGGUUGGAGAGGGAGCCAGCGGCUAUCAGCUGUAUGCUGGUGGGGGACGGGGCGGUGGGCAAGACAAGCAUGAUAGUCAGUUAUACCACAAAUGGAUACCCCACGGAAUACAAACAGACCGGCUUUGAUGUCUUUUGUGGUCAAGUCCAAGUAGAAGGAGCCCCAGUUAGAAUACAACUAUUGGACACAGCUGGACAGGAGGUGUGUGAUGAAUUCCGCUCCCUCUCCUACUCCCACACGGACGUCUUCCUGCUCUGCUUCAGUGUGGUCAACCCCACCUCCUUCCACAAUGUCACCAAAAAGUGGAUCCCCGAGAUCCGAGCCUGCAACCCCUCAGCUCCCAUCAUCCUCGUGGGCACCCAGUCCGACCUCCUGCUGGACGUCAACGUCCUGAUCAACCUGGACCGUUGCCGGGUCAAACCGGUGCUGACCAAUCGGGCGCAGAGCAUGGCAGAGAAGAUCAGAGCGGUGGACUAUGUGGAGUGUUCUUCGUUGACGCAGAAGAACUUAAAAGAGGCGUUCGACGCGGCCAUCUUUGCUGCCAUCAAACACAAGGCCAGGAAGGAGAAGAAGAGGCGGUUGUCAGAAAGACGCAGCAAGGCCUUCUCUAAAUGCAGCUGGAAGAAGUACUUCUGUUUUAUCUGAGAUACAGACCCCAUUGGUCACGGACAGAAAGACUAUUAUUUAUUAACUUAUGAAGAAUUUUUAAGAGCAAUGGAACUUUAGGAUUAUCCAGCAGAAUGAACUGAGCUCUAUGGACCUAUAAAACGGUUUAGUUCUCUCCUGGUCUGGAGACAGUAGUAUAGAUACCGUGGCUCGCUUUGCCUCGCUUUGUGGUUGGGUGUCUGGUCUGCUCUGAGCAGGCUCUCUCUCUCUCUCCUUAACUCUUUCUCUGUGGAUUGACUUUGCUUUGAUUAGUGAUUUACAUUGAUCAGAACAAAAGCAGGGCACAUUAGCAUGUCUGAUUGUUCAGGUUGACAGAUAGUCACUAUCCAAAAGUCUGUUAAGUACGCCUACAAGGUUUUAGGUAACCAAGUGAGAAGCGAAAGAAUAGAGAGAAUAUUAAAACCAUGUACAUCACAAGCAUCCUGUCAGUGGGACAAGGCCGUCAUGUAAAUGUUAUGAACUCAUUUGCAUGGUCUGGAUUGGUGCCCAUUCCAACCUGAGAUUUUACUCCCCCUGACUCUGUGUGGUAGUACCGUGUAGCUCAGUUGGUAGAGCGUGGCGCUUGCACCGCCAGGGUUGUGGUUUGGAUUCCCACGGGGGACCAGUGGGGUGUGAGUGGGUUGAGAGAGAUAGAGAGAGAGAGAGAGAGAAGACAGUUGUUAGCCUUUUCUCCUUUGUGUUCUGUGCUGCCGAGCCACACAGACCCAGACCUAUUCAUAUGCAACAGUGUAUGUAGGCUGAAGUCACAGCGCUAGGCUAGGUGCUAACUUCUUCACUGUGUGUGAACUGGGAAUGGCUCACAGGCCUAUGUGUUGAUUAUAGUAUUAGGCUUUGAUGUAAUGAGUGGUCAGUAUCAACACUAGCCUGUGACAAGGUGUAGAGUAGUAAGGAGACUUACACUGCCCCAGUCCCCAGCCCAGUCCCCAGCCCGGCAGAAACCCAGCCCAGUCCCCAGCCCAGCAGAAACUCAGCCCAGCCACCCCAGGGAUUGACACUCCUGUCUCUGGGACCUCAUUUGUCUCUGGGACCUCAUUUGCUUCUUUAUUUGUUUGUUUACGCUAGACACCCCAGCCAGUAAAACAAAAAAGCCCAGCCACCCUCUAGUGAAUGAAACACUCCUGUCUGUCUCUGAUUCUCUGUUAGUUGAUGCUGACCACACUACCGUAUCUCCAGACGAAUCAGCCUGCCCAAUCUAUAGGAUACAAUGUGUACAUUAUAGGAGGCUUAGUAGCUUGAAUGUUAGCGCUCACUUCAAAUAGCUUGCUGGUUCUGUGUUGUUUUGUAAAGGGAUGUUAUAGCCAGACCGAUGGUUGGUGACAGUCAGUCCUAGCUGGUUUAUAGAUAUGAGGGUUGGCACCCAGGCUAGAUGAGGGUCGGCACCCAGGCUAGAUGAGGGUCGGCACCCAGGCUAGAUGAGGGUUGGCACCCAGGCUAGAUGAGGGUUGGCACCCAGGCUAGAUGAGGGUCGGCACCCAGGCUAGAUGAGGGUCGGCACCCAGGCUAGAUGAGGGUUGGCACCCAGGCUAGAUGAGGGUCGGCACCCAGGCUAGAUGAGGGUUGGCACCCAGGCUAGAUGAGGUUGGCACCCAGGCUAGAUGAGGGUUGGCACCCAGGCUAGAUGAGGGUUGGCACCCAGACUAGAUGUGUGUUGGUACCCAGGCUAGAUGUGUGUUGGUACCCAGGCUAGAUGUGUGUUGGUACCCAGGCUAGAUGUGUGUUGGUACCCAGGCUAGAUGUGUGUUGGUACCCAGGCUAGAUGAGGGUUGGCACCCAGGCUAGAUGAGGGUUGGCACCCAGACUAGAUGUGUGUUGGUACCCAGACUAGAUGUGUGUUGGUACCCAGGCUAGAUGUGUGUUGGUACCCAGGCUAGAUGUGUGUUGGUACCCAGGCUAGAUGAGGGUUGGUACCCAGGCUAGAUGUGUGUUGGUACCCAGGCUAGAUGAGGGUUGGUACCCAGGCUAGAUGAGGGUUGGCACCCAGACUAGAUGAGGGUUGGUACCCAGGCUAGAUGAGGGUUGGCACCCAGACUAGAUGAGGGUUGGUACCCAGGCUAGAUGAGGGUUGGCACCCAGGCUAGAUGAGGGUUGGCACCCAGGCUAGAUGAGGGUUGGCACCCAGACUAGAUGAGGGUUGGUACCCAGACUAGAUGAGGGUUGGUACCCAGGCUAGAUGAGGGUUGGCACCCAGGCUAGAUGAGGGUUGGUACCCAGGCUAGAUGAGGGUUGGCACCCAG